AUGAGUGGCUUCGAGGGACUUUAUUACUACUCCUUGAACGGCUCACAAAGUAUCAGCGCAUCAAAUGGCCGCGGCGGCGAGAUAUUGUGGCACAUGCAAUCGCUGCGGCUGCCGCGGCGCUGCGAGGCGCCGCGGCGACCCGGCGCGGCGCGCGAAGCACCAAAGCCAUCGACGCGCUGUCGCGAGGCGCCGCGGCGACCCGCCGCGGCGCGCGAAGCACCAACGCCAUCGAAGCGCUGCCGCGACCGCCGAGAGACAUGCAACGCUGCAAUGAAGCACCCGCAAGACCGCCGCCGCGUUACCUGACCGCCAACGCGUCACCCGCCGCCCCCUCACGCAGGCUUACUCAUUGCUCGUAGAGCCGUCUAAAAACCACAGAAAGCAGGAUGCAGAACGACCAGGGCCAGCCCGUCGACCUCUACAUCCCGCGGAAGUGCAGCUGGACCAACCGGCUCAUAGGCGCGUCGGACCAGGCCUCGGUCCAGAUCAACGUCGGCACGAUCGACCCGAACACGGGCCUGCACACGGGCGGCUCGGAGACGUACGCGCUGAGCGGCUACGUGCGCAAUAAAGGCGAGAGCGACAUGGCGCUUACGGAAUUGGUCCGGAAGCAGGAUGAAUCUCUGUAG